AAAGUUUUACAAUUCUAUACAAACUUCAAAUCAAGAAAGUCAAAGUGUUAAAAAUGUCCAAAACUUUGCUACGAAAUAUUUUAACAAUAGCCAUAUUUUUGGCUAUUUCCUGGGCUGUAAUGUCCAUUGAGCAGAACGACUAUGAUGAUCAUAACCCCGAAAUGGCUGGCUACUUUGAAGGUGAUAUCAUGCCAGAUUUUCCCACACGCAAUGGUUUUCCAAAUCGAAAAUGGCCAAAUAACACCAUUAAAUAUGUCUUCUCCAGUAGUUUUACUGAAGCUCAAAAGGAAACGGUUCGCCAGUGUUGCCGUGAACUGGAGAACAAAACUUGUGUUCGUUGCCGUGAAACUAUUUUUCUGGACUAUGAAUAUGUGUACAUCAAAAACGAUCCGGUGGGUUGUUCCUCUCAAGUCGGCUGCCAGUAUACAUGGGUACAGAUUAUGAAUCUGGGACCCAAUUGCCUAAAGAAUCAUGUCAUAGUUUGUCAUGAGUUUAUUCAUGCUUUAGGUUUCAGCCAUGCUCACAAUUCCUAUGAUCGUGAUGAUCACGUUCGAAUUAAUUUCGAAAAUAUCAAAGAAGGAAAUGGGUAUAAUUUCGAAAAAAAGGAAGAUUCCCUGGAUUGUCUGGUUCCCUAUGACAGAGAAAGUGCAAUGGGCUAUGGACCCUAUGUCUUUUCAAAAAAUGGCAACGAAACAAUAACACCACUCGAUGGUAACUAUACGGGAAUGGGUCAACGUAAUAGAAUUGCGGAUUCCGAUAUUGAGAAAAUUAAUAGAAUGUAUUGUUUCAAUAAUUGUACGGCAACGACAAAUACUACGACUUCAACAACCACAACAACUGCUGCAACAACAACAAUAUUAUAGUAGAUUUUAAUUUUUGUGUUUAAACUCAUUUUAAUAUUCAUACCAUAUUGUGUGGUAGAGGUACGCAAUUAAACUUUUAAUUAUUAACAAAUUAAAAAAAAAAAUAAUUAUUAAAAAUUUAAUAAAAACGAACGAAGCAAA